AUGUCCCACCUCACCAACCCGCGGACACACACCCGUCUUCCCGACCCCCUUCCCAUACAAACACGCAAACCGACCUACUCGCCCCUCACCAAGUCCCACAUACCCUCCUCCACCACCGCCACCGCCAGAGAUAUCAUCAUGAACAGAGAUGUAGUGACCAACCUCUCCCGCGCAAAACCCCUCGACGACGUGGGCGCACUGGAGACGCUGCGCAAACGCCGCACGCCGGUGCUGGUAUGUGCGCCAGAGGUGCGGUGGCGCUUUUCGCGGGACCUGGUGUCGGAGAUCAUGGAGACUGAGGAGACUGAGGCGGAGACGGCGGACGAGCGAAAUGGGGGAGAGCAGACGCAGAUGCAGACUGCAACUCCUUCGUGCAUAUCUCCACUGUUACUGUCGCGGUCGCAGCUAGAGUCGCCUGCGUCUUCGGUACAUCACUCGCUUCCGUCCCCACCAUUGUCGUCCGUAGUUCCGUCUCCGCCGCCCGCGGGCUCCGAGCCAGUAGCGGAAGAAGACGGCGAAUGGGCAGCGGUGGGCCGCGAGUGGGCCGCCCGGGCUGCGCGCGUCCAGCAGCUGCAGGAGGAGUAUCGGAUGUACCGCCCGCGGACGCUGGGAGCGGUGCUAGAGGAAGAUGAGGGUGCGGUGCAUGAGGGGGUUGUGGAGCGAGAGGCAAGGGAGUGUUUGUUGACUGUCGACGUGGAGACUGGGACCAGCUAUGGGGCGGUGUAUCCUCCUGGUAUAGGUGUUGAUGGGUAUGGGCCUGAGGUUGUGGACUACGAGAACUACAUCGAGAACGAGAACGAGGAGGAGUCACGCGACCCCUCACCACGCGAGGAGACGCGCGAGAAACCAAGUCCCGAUACCCUGACGGAAGAGAAGGGAGAUCGCUGUAUUGUGAUCCCACGUCUUCGAGAAGCGUUCGAGAGCCGAGGCUCGCAAACUACUUCCUUCUUCGACAUCGAGGAAAGAGCUCUGACAAACGAACUUCUGUUCGCCUGA